GCGAAAGCGUCUGAUGCAUGUGGGAUGAUCCUUUAAUAAAAAUAAUAAUAAUAAUAAUAAAGCCCAGUAUCAAUUAAGUAAUUUUGUACACAAAGCUCAUUUAUCUUCUUUUUGCUCGCACACUUUUUUGUAUCAUUAGAACUCUUAAACUGAUUAAAAGAGGAACAAAUACAAGAAACUUUUUAUAUCUAUGUAUUUAUGUGUUCCUAUAUGUACUGAACGUACACAUGUAUGUCUUAAAAUGCUUUUUCGCUCAAUUUCGGCAAGAUCAGUCUACUGGAGAGUACGAAAGAGUGAAGGUUUAGAAGAAUUUUUAGGUGAUUCGUGUGUGUAAAAACAGUCAUAUGAUGGAUUUAAGUUUCUUUCUUGUGACUAUAGUUACUGUACUGGUGCUAGGCUAUUUCUAUGUAAAAAGGAAGUACAGAUAUUGGGAGGACAGAGGAGUACCAUUCAUUAAACCAAAAUUUCCUCUGGGAAUUAUUGGAGAAAUGGGUAAAACCCAACAUUCUUCCCAAGUCUUUGGUGGAGCAUACAAAGAGUUGAAAGGCAAAGAUGUUUUUGGAGGAAUUUAUUUUUUUUUCAACCCCGUUGUCCUUGCAACUGACCUGGACUUUUUGCAAAAUAUUUUGGUUAAAGACUUUCAGUAUUUCUAUGAUCGUGGUGUUUAUUGCAAUGAAAGAGAUGAUCCUCUAUCGGGACAACUUUUUGCUCUUUCUGGUCAAAGGUGGAAGACAAUAAGAACCAAGUUGAGUCCUACCUUCACUUCAGGCAAGAUGAAGACAAUGCACAGCAUUAUAAUAUCGGUUGCAAAUGAAUUUCAAAAGUGUCUUGAACCAAUUGCUGAGAAAAGGGAAGAAAUAGAAAUUAAAGACAUUUUUGCUCGCUUUACUACUGAUGUCAUUGGUAAUUGUGCAUUUGGUAUUGAAUGUAACAGCAUCAAGGAGCCAGACACUGAGUUCAGGAGGAUCGGAAAAUUAAUAUUUCAAUUCACACAAAUGGAAUUCUUGCGUAUUUUCUUCUUAACAUUAUUUCCCGGAUUGGGAAAAGCUCUGAGGUUGAAGAUUAACAAGCCUGAAGUUACGGAUUUCUGUAUGAAACUUCUUCGAGAAACCACUGAGUAUAGAGAAAAGCAUGGUAUUAAGCGAAACGAUUUUCUUGAUCUUUUAAUGCAAAUUAAGAAUACUGGAAAAAUCGAAGGGGAUGAUACAGACUUGGGGAAAAUGACUUUCGAUGAAUUAGCAGCGCAAAUUUUUAUAUUCUUUGCCGCUGGUUAUGAAACGUCUUCAUCUACUAUGACUCUGGCAUUUUAUGAAUUGGCGCAACAUCAAGAUAUUAAGGAUCGAGCUAGAGAGGAAGUGAAUAGAGUUCUAGCAAAAUACAAUGGAGAAUACACAUAUGAAGCUUGUAUGGAAUUAAAGUACAUCGACCAAAUUAUUCAGGAAACGCUAAGGAAGUAUCCUAUUGUGGAUAGCCUAAUUAGAGUAUGCGGGCAGGACUAUGCGGUUCCUGGGACUACUCACAUAAUUGAAAAGGGAACUACUGUAAUGAUUCCAAUUAUGGGAUUUCAUCGUGAUCCAGACAUUUAUCCAGAUCCCGAGAAAUUCGAUCCAGAUCGUUUUACAGAUGACAACAUUAAGGCCAGACAUCCGCUCGCAUGGAUACCAUUUGGAGAAGGACCGAGAAUUUGUAUUGGAAUGCGAUUUGGAAUGAUGCAGACUCGCAUCGGAUUGGCACAUGUUCUGUCAAAGUAUCGCGUAAGGACAUGCUCCAGGACACCCAUUCCUUUAGUCUUAGAUCCAGGAUCUCCAGUUAUAUCAUCAAAGGGAGGAAUGUGGAUGCAAUUGGAAAAAGUUUAAGAUUUUCUCAAGGAAAAAUAAAAAAUAAAAAAAAGUGAAACAAUAAAUAAUUAACAUAAAUGAUGAUAUGUAUGUGUACAGUACAUAUAUCGUAUGUUUACGCUGAGUCAGUGUAUGUAUUUGAAAUAAUAAGACAAAGGUCUACAAUAUACUUAUGAAA